AUGGGGCGGCGGGCGCUGCUGGGGGGCCGGGCUCCGCUCCACCUGCUCCUGCUCUGCCACGCGUGGGCUCUGCCGGGUCCCCCCCGGGACACGCAGCCCUUGCUGCCCGCACUCCUGCCCGCACCCCCGGGUUUGCUGGCCCUGCGCCUGGCUGCCUUCGGCCGCGCCUUCGUCCUCCGCCUCCGCCCCGACGCUUCUUUCCUCGCCCCCCGCCUCCUCUUCCAGAGGUUGGGGGGACGGAAGGCACCGCCUCGAAGCCCCCCGAGACGGGGUUGUUUCUACGGGGGAACCGUGGAAGGCAACCCCGAUGCCCCCGCCGUGCUCAGCCGCUGCCCCGGGGGGGGGUUCCGAGCUGCUUUUCUCCUCGACGGGGAAACCUACGAGCUGCAGCCCCUCGGGCAACCUUCGCCCGGACCCCCCUGGAGACGUCUGCAUCUCCUCCAGCGCCGGGCAGCCCCCCCGGGGACCCCUCCGGCUUUUGAGGGAGUUGCCGGGCUCGGUCCCGGUCCAGGGGAACCGCCGAGCCGGGUCAAACGCUUCGUGUCCCGGGCGCGGUACGUGGAGACUUUGUUGGUGGCUGAUGCCUCCAUGGUGAGGUUCUACGGGGAGGACGUGGAGGACCACAUCCUGACCCUGAUGUCCAUGGCUGCUCGGAUCUACAAACACCCCAGCCUGAAGAACUCCAUCAGCCUGGUGGUGGUGAAGGUGCUGGUGGUGGAUGAGGAGACCUCAGGCCCAGAGGUGUCUGACAAUGGUGGCCUCACCCUCCGUAACUUCUGCACUUGGCAGCAAAAGUUCAACCCCCCCAGUGACAGACACCCCGAGCACUAUGACACAGCCAUCCUGCUGACCAGACAGGAUUUCUGUGGCCACCAGAGCUGUGACACGCUGGGAGUGGCAGAUAUUGGCACCAUGUGUGACCCCAACAAAAGCUGCUCGGUGAUCGAGGAUGAGGGGCUGCAGGCAGCCUACACCCUGGCUCAUGAACUGGGCCAUGUCCUCAGCAUGCCCCAUGAUGACUCCAAGACCUGUGAGAGGCUCUUUGGGCCCCUUGGCAAGCACCAUCUGAUGGCUCCUCUGUUCAUCCACCUGAAUAAGACUCAGCCCUGGUCUCCUUGCAGUGCCAUGUACCUCACCGAGUUCCUGGAUGGUGGGCAUGGGGACUGCUUGCUGGAUGCCCCUGCAGACCCCCUCCUCCUGCCCACUGAGCUGCCUGGCCAAGGAGCCCUCUACAGCCUGGACCAGCAGUGCCAGCAGAUCUUUGGCAAGGAUUUCCAGCACUGUCCCAACACCACGGAGGAGGACAUCUGUGCCCAGCUCUGGUGCAGGCUGGGGGGCAGUGGGGAGCCCCUCUGCCACACCAAGAAUGGCAGCUUGCCCUGGGCUGAUGGCACCCCCUGCAAAGCUGGGGGGCUCUGCUGGGAUGGACACUGCUUGCCCAAGGAUGCUCUGAAGCCCCAGGUGGUGGUGGAUGGGGGAUGGGGUCCCUGGAGCCCUUGGGGGUCCUGCUCCAGGAGCUGUGGGGGGGGGGUGCAGUUCUCCCACCGGCACUGUGACAGUCCCCCCCCCCAGCACGGUGGCCACUACUGUGAGGGCCAACGAGCCAAAUACCAGUCCUGCCACACCGAGGAGUGCCCCCAGGAUGGGAAAAGCUUUCGGGAGCAGCAGUGUGAGAAGUACAACAGCUACAACUUCACGGACCUGGAAGGGAAUCACCUGGAGUGGGUGCCCAAGUAUUCAGGGGUGUCCCCACGGGACCGCUGCAAACUCUUCUGCAGAGCAAGGGGGAGGAGCGAGUUUAAAGUCUUUGAGGCCAAAGUGAUUGAUGGGACACUCUGUGGGCCGGAGACCCUCUCCAUCUGUGUCCACGGGCAGUGCAUCAAGGCUGGCUGUGACCAUGUCAUUGGGUCCUCCAAGAAGCUGGACAAGUGUGGGGUGUGUGGUGGCAAUGGCUCCACGUGCAGGAAAAUCUCUGGCUCCCUCAACCGCUCCAAGUAUGGCUACAAUGACAUUGUCACCAUCCCCGCCGGAGCCACCAACAUCGACAUCAAGCAGCGCAGCCACCGCGGGGUCCGGCACGACGGGAACUACCUGGCCCUGAGGACCCAGGAGGGCAAAUACCUGCUGAAUGGGGACUUUGCCAUCUCGGCCAUGGAGCAGGACAUCCUCCUGAAAGGGACCAUCCUGAAAUACAGUGGCUCCAUGACCACUUUGGAAAGGCUCCAGAGUUUCCGACGCCUCCCGGAGCCCUUGACCGUCCAGCUGCUGAGCAUCUCCGGCCAGAUCUUCCCUCCCAAAGUCAAAUAUUCCUUCUUCAUCCCCAAGGACAUCCCUUUCAGCAAGGAGAAAGGCAAAGAGAAGAAGUCACCCAACGUCAUCCAACCCAUGCUGACCUCCCACUGGGUGCUGGGCGAUUGGUCCGAGUGCUCCAAAACCUGCGGCUCGGGCUGGCAGAGGAGGAGCGUGGAUUGCAGGGAUGUGGAGGGACAAACCUCCUCCACCUGCGACCGAGCCCUCAAACCCGAGGACAUCAAACCCUGCGGAGAUGUCCCCUGCCCCCUGUGGCGUUUGGCUCCUUGGUCUCCUUGCUCCCAAACUUGCGGGCAGGGGGUGAGGACGCGCAACGCCUCUUGCAUCGAUUACGCGGGGGAAAUCACUGCCCCGGAGAAAUGCGGCUGGCCCGGGCCACCCCCUGCCACUGUCACCUGUGUCCUCAGGCAGUGCUGAGCUGCACAACCCGCUCUCCAUCCCCACCCCGUCCCCGUCUACCUCAGCAGGGUGUGGGGAAGCCCGGCGGGGCUGCUUUGCCUUGCCCUCCGGCUGGUUGCCCGCAGGCAAGUUGGGAUUUAGAGGGGGAAAAAAUAAAAUAAAAA